AUAGAAUUCUUAUCACUAAAAAAUAUGUAUCUACAUCAGCUAUUUUGUACAAAAAGAUAAUAUUUUCUCACGAUAUCAAGGUUAUGGAUGGAACUUUGGUCUAAUCUAAAGUAAUAAUCAACCUCUGAUAAGAAAAGUGAAGUGUUUCAUCCCGGAUUAGAUAGUAAGAAAGGUCUUCUUAAAUAAGAAGCCGCUGCUCGUUUUUAUCUUUAUAUUUAUAUCGGAGGUCGGCAUGCGAAAAAUAAUAAAUAAAUAUAAACAUUUUACUGAAUUCCUUUCAGUUUUUGAUUUUAAUUAGUUUACCUCGUACUUCAAUAUAUCUCUGUCACAGCUGCUAAAAUGAAGUUCUUCAUUUUGAUAUUAUGGAUUUCCUCUUUAAUAAGUAUACAUUGUCAAUCUAUAAAUCUAAAUGGCGCAUGGAGAGGGGCCAUUAAUAUCUGUCCUAAAAAGGAACUCUUUCAUGAAUGCAAUAAUGACAUUAACUUUAGCGCAACUGUUCCUGGAGGAAUUUAUACAGAUUUAUAUAAGAAUAACAUAAUAGAGAAUAAUCUAUUUGGAAGAAACGAUGUAAAUAAUCGUUGGGUUGGAAAUCAAUCUGUGGUUUACACCAAAAAUUUUAACGUAAGCAGUGAUUUUCUAAAAGCUCGCAAAAUAGUCUUGAUUUUUUAUGGAAUUGAUACAUUUGCUAAUGUCUCCUUGAAUGGUCAUAUAAUUGGACAGACUUCAAAUAUGUUUUUGAGAUAUAUUUUUGAUGUAACAAAUUAUAUCAAAGAAGAUCAGAAUCUGCUUCAAGUCGCAUUUCAUUCAGCUGUCAAAGUAGCAGAAGAUUUAUAUGAUGAACAAAGAAAAAAUUACAUUGUACCACCAAUAUGUGUACCCAAAGAAUAUAAUGGACAAUGUCACGUAAAUCAUAUUCGUAAAAUGCAAGCUAGUUUCUCAUGGGAUUGGGGACCGGCGUUUCCCUCGGUUGGCAUUUGGCGAAAUGUUGAAUUGGUUUCUAUGAAUGAUCUAUUGAUCAAUGAUGUUACAACUGAUAUACGCAAAGAGAAGAACAUCUGGAAUAUUCUUGUUACGAUAUUUCUCGAAACGAUACAGAGUAAGAAGGAAAAUUUAUCAACAAUUAGUUGUCAUGUAGCAUCGAUAUUGCACGUUUCGCAAAACGAACUCAUCAGUAAUACCAGUGAGAUUACACUUGAUACAAGCGAAAAAUAUAUAAAUAUUAACAUCUCAAUCAUUGUGCCUGCAGACGUCGUUGAGAACUGGUGGCCAAACGGUUAUGGCAAGCAACACCUGUACCAUUUGACUACCACUGUGACAACGGCGAAUAGUGUAUUGCAUAAACGGAUUCGUGUAGGCUUCAGAACGGUGGAAUUGGUGGAGGAACCUUUGGAAAAGGGACUGAGCUUCUACUUUCGCGUGAAUGGCGUACCAAUCUUUGCUAAAGGCAGUAAUUUCAUCCCAGCCAGCGUCUUCCCCGAAUUGGGCUCGAAGGAAGACACUAUCAGGCACUUGCUAUUAUCCGCCAAAGAGACGCACAUGAACAUGCUGAGGAUAUGGGGAGGUGGUGUCUACGAGUCCAAAUUAUUUUACGAUUUGGCUGACGAAUAUGGGAUUAUGCUCUGGCAAGAUUUCAUGUUCGCGUGCGCCAUGUAUCCCACGAACGAUUCCUUCUUGAAGAAUGUUGAGCAAGAGAUAUUGCAGAACGUGAUACGUUUGAAAAACCAUCCAAGCAUCGUACUCUGGGCUGGAAAUAACGAGAACGAAGCAGCAUUAUAUGGAAAUUGGUAUGGUACCGGAUCCGCUCAAAUCUACAAAGAGGAUUACGUGAAGCUUUAUGUGAAUCUGUUGAAGAGAAAAGUGGAAAAAUUAGAUUCCGUAAGACCGUUCCUUGUAUCUAGCCCGGGCAAUGGGGCGUACGAGGAAACAUACAACUAUACCGGAAUAAAUCCUUACUCGAAUCUCUACGGAGAUGUUCAUUAUUAUAAUUAUAUCAGAAAUGGAUGGGACAUCACCCAGUAUCCUCGGACAAGAUUUUGUUCCGAGUACGGGUUUCAGUCUUGGCCAUCGAUAUACACGAUAGCGACCGCUGUGGAAAGCGCGAAAGAUCUUCACGUGAACAGUGACUUUGUGAAACAUCGACAACAUCUGUCGUUCGGCAAUCAGUACAUGCGGCUGUUGAUCUCGUACAAUUUUGUUAUACCGCAAAGUAACAAUAGCAUCCGAGAUUUCGCGAGUUACAUUUAUCUCAGUCAGAUUAAUCAAGCCGUUUCCAUGAGAAUACAAACGGAAGCUUACAGACAGACCAAGUCCGAGGUGAAUUCUAUAGGCGAAGGUAUGACAAUGGGGGCUCUCUAUUGGCAGCUCAACGACGUCUGGCAAGCUCCUUCAUGGUCUUCGAUAGAUGUCGAAGGUCGCUGGAAGAUGCUUCAUUACUACGCCAAAGAUUUCUUUGCACCUAUUAUCGUUACACCCCAUUUGUCUAUUUCCAAUGAACUUUCGAUAUAUAUUGUAUCUGAUCGAUUGUAUAAGUUAACAAAUUGUACAAUGGAAAUUCAUGUUUAUAAUUGGAGAUCCAUAACAUCCGUAUUUGCAAAGUCUUUCAAUGAUAUUAUAAUAGAAUCCAAUAAAGCCAUUAGAAUUACAUCUUUCUUGCUAGACGAAUUUCUCGUUCAAGCGGGUUGCGGAUCAUUGGAAUCCGCCAAAAGAUCUUGCAUAGCCGCUUUAUCACUCACAGAUAAAUCUGGAUCUUUGAUUGCUCCAGUCAAUUAUAUAUAUCCUGAUGCACUAAAAAAUGCAGAUAUACCAAUAGCCAAUGUUACCGUGAAAAUCGAAGAAAAUCACUCCUUACCUGGAAAGCUUUCCAAUUAUCCCGAUUUCAAGCUUGUGUUAUCAACAGAUAAUAUAGCGCUGUUCGUAUGGUUAGAGGUGGGAAAUAUACGCGGCCGUUUUUCUGAGAAUGGUUUUCACAUGUUUGAGAGAAAAAAAGAAAUUAUUUUCCAUGCGUACGAAGGGACCACGAUCGAAUUGUUGCGAAGCAAUAUAAGACUCGCUACAUUGUCCGAUAUUUACAAUGCACGUAGCAAUUUUGAUGACAAUUUCGAUAUUCUGUUUUAGAGAAACAGAAAAUUUAUAUUAAUCGUAUGUAAUAUUUAUGAUUUUGUUACAUAAUUAUGUAUGAGGUAUCGAUUAAAGAAUUACUUUAUAUAUUAUAAUUAUUUGCGAUAAAUAUAUCGCAUACAUAAAUUUUUUACUGUGAUAUAAAUAAACUCUUUUAUUUCAUUA